AUGCCGUCUAUCCUCACCACCGCAACACUAACAUGCAAGGAUCCGCAAGCCCGGCAGCAAGUCAUCUCGGCAUUUAAGAACAUCAUCGCGUACACGGCGCCUCACGAGCCAGAGGUGCUGCAGUAUGUAUGCGCGCUGCUGGAAUCAGAUGCUACAGACACAAAGAUCUACAUGAUUGAGGAAUACGCAAAUCAAGCGGCGAGCGAUGCGCACAUGGGUACACAGCCAGUGAAGGAUCUCAUACAGCUGUUUAGCACGAGCGAUGUUCUGGUUGAGCCUCCUGAAGUACAUAAUAGUACGGUUUUGGUCAGGAAGACGAUUAACCCAGUGACGACGUCUGCUGUGUCUGAUUCCCGCGUCCUUGUGCUAGAACUUUCUGCCUUGGACGCGGGUACAUCUGCGAGAUCCCCUGAAGAUGUGGAUGCGGUAGUGGAGAAAGUGCGGAGUAAAGUUCAGGGCCUACGUUCGUUGGUCGUGGCAGAAGACCAGGCGACGAAGAGCAUACGCAUAGAAUGCGCACUGGAAGGCGGGGGCGCGUUGAUGAGUUUUCCCGAACUGGUACUUGACGAUGAAGCGAGGCCGGUUCACGCUGUCAAGAUUAUACCCAAGCAUGGGUUUCUGAGUCGAGCGAGAAAGAGUAAAUUGUAA